AUGCUCCGGUACCUGGUCCUGUCGUACUUGGUGGCGCUGUCCAGCGUCUCCUGCGGGAACUCGGUCACAAACGAAGUCAUUGAAGACCAGGAACUUGUGUUCGCAUUGGUUCUAAACAGGCAUGGUGAGCGGUCACCAGAUGCUGACGAGCUAUCUCUCUCCGACCAGCAGGAGUUGAUCCUCAAUCUCACAUACAUUGAAGGACCAGAGGGUUUAACUAAUGUCGGAAAACGGAGAGCCUAUCAAAUAGGAAAAUUCUACCGCCAAAGGUACGGCUCCCAAGGUUACAAACUGAUCUCCAACAUCUACCAUCACGAUGAAAUAGCCAUCAGAAGUACUGAGAAGGAACGGACGAAGAUGACUAUUCAGGUGGCUAUGGCUGCUGCUUACCCUCCGGAACCUGAGCAGCAGUGGGAUGAAGGUCUUGGAAAGGUGUGGCAGCCUGUGCCAUAUUCUGCUGUUCCAUUAUCUGAAGAUUAUCUUCGUUACUACUCAAACUGCAAACACUUCAAGACCCUAAUGGCGGAGGCCCAGGCCAACUCAAUGUCUGACGAGUUCCUCCCCUUUAUGGACCUCAUCCCUCUCAUCAAGAACAAGACUGGAGAGGACUUUACCGGCAGGCCUCUUUGGUUUGAGACCCUUUACGAUCUGUUUAGGAGUACUAUUGGUCUAGGUCUUCAUCUCCCUGACUGGGCGAAGCCUAUCCUGGGCAGGUUGGGUGAAGCUGGCAGGCUUGCCUACAGGCUGUACUUCAGGACAGAUGAGAUGAAGAAGAUUGGCGGUGGUGUCUUACUAGACAAAUUUGUCAAAGCUGGAAACGACUUUAUAGCUGGAAAGCGGGUAUCCCAGAGGUUACGCCUUUUCUCUGCUCACGACUUCAACAUCGGAGCCUUGAUGGAAGUCGCCAAGGUUGAGAAUGACCAUAGCAUUCCUGAAUAUGGUGCUGUAUUCGCGUUGGAGUUGUACAGGUCUAGGAGUACUGGAACUUAUAGCGUAUUGCCAAUGUACCUUCCGAAAGCAGGUGAGAGCUCUGCCCAGUACCUCAGGAUCAAAGGCUGUGGCAAUUCUGGUCAUUGCAGCUUUGACACUUUUAAAGAACUCACUAAAGAGUUCCUACUGCCUGAAAAGGAAUUCUACUCAAUUUGUAAAAUCAAAACUGAGUUAUAG